UGUCUGCUAAAGCGGUGGGAAAAGGGGGGGGAGCGGCGGCUGCUAAGGCUGAAGCUGCAGCUCCUCUCCUCCAAGCUCGCCGCCCGCGGGGGAUCAUCAAACGUAAUAGCACCCCUGCGGCAGGCAGUAGGUGUUGGGGGGGGAACCAGUCUAUGUAAAAGUCCCGUUUUCGCCGGGGGAUUUAGUGAUCUGGAAGCAAAAGAUGAUAAUUAAGACGCAGAAUCCUGAUUGGGAUGAUUUACAAGUCAUUUUAGAUACAUUAAUGGACUCUACAGAAAAAUAUGUGGUUAUACAGGUUGCGAGGGAUAAGGUGAGAGAAGAUAUUCGGAAUGGGAAAGUAGAGGCUAACGUUGAUGAGAACUUUCCAAAAGAAGAUCCCCGAUAAUACAGGAGAUACAGACAAUACAGGAGGCGGGUUAAGCCGUCUCCGGAGGUAUCAGGAUUGGUUAUUGAUUGGCGUUUAAACUGCUAUACCGAAGCAAAUGAAUUGGUCAAAAUUGUAUGAUGUGAUGCAGGAAAACAAUGAGUCUCCCUCGGCCUUUUUAGAAAGAUUAAAAGAAGCUGCCAAAACCGGGAUGUAAAAUUUUUAGUAGACACAGGGGCUAUUUAUAGUCUCUACUGAAUUCCUUACAGGGGGCGGUAGGUCACAGAGCUACAACAAUUGUUGGUGCCACGGGGAAGGAGGAAGUACGGCCAUUCCUGCAACCUUUGGAUUUGUGUUUUGGAGAAAAGGAGCUAACCCACGAGUUCUUAUAUGUUCCAGAUUGUCCAGUUUCUCUUUUAGGACGAGAUUUGCUGACCAAAUUAGAUGCCACAAUAACAUUUGAGGAUGGAAAUUUGGUAAUGAAAGUUCCGGAGUCAAAGGUAGGACAAAUUUUACUAUUAAAGGAAAAUCCAAUUGUAAAAAUACCACAGGCAAUAGAAGAUGCAGUGAUUCCCACGGUAUGGGAAACUGACAUACCUGGGAAGUCAAAGGCAGCUAAACCUGUGAAAGUAGCGCUGAAGGAAGGUGCUGAACCGGUACGAUUAAGACAGUACCCAUUGAAAUUGGAAGCCAGAUUAGGAAUAGUAUCUUUAAUUGAGAAAUUUUUGAAAUAUGGAAUUCUAGAAGAAUGUGAAUCAGAAUACAAUACUCCAAUUUUUCCAGUAAAGAAACCUGAUGGUAACUAUCGACUAGUCCAAGACUUAUGAGCAAUAAACCAGAUCACUAAGGACAUACAUCCAGUAGUUGCAAAUCCGUAUACCUUGUUAACAUCUGUGAAAGAGAAAUAUAAAUGGUUUACAGUACUUGAUUUAAAAGAUGCCUUCUUCUGCAUACCCCUUGACCAGGAAAGCAAAAGCUAUUCGCUUUCGAAUGGGAGAAUUCACACAACAGGAGAAAGGCCCAAUUAACCUGGACACGCCUUCCACAAGGAUUUAAGAAUAGUCCAACUAUCUUCGGAAAUCAACUAGCCAAAGAGCUUGAGGAAUGGACUACAAGAGGCUAUAUCGGAAUUCCUCGACAAUGGUAUUUGUUGCUGCAAUAUGUGGAUGAUAUUCUGAUUGCUGCUGAGACCCAAGAACUUUGCAUUCAGGUAACAAUUGAAAUAUUGAAUCAAUUAGGAAUGAAUGGAUAUAAAGUGUCAAAAAAUAAAGCUCAGAUUGCAUCCACAACUGUGAUCUAUCUAGGAUGCGAGCUUUCUCAAGGACAGCGAAGACUAGGUAUAAACCGUGUACAUGCUAUCUGUGCGAUCUCAGAACCGCGUAACUUACAUGAAUUAAGAUCUUUUCUAGGAAUGGCAGGAUGGUGCAGGCUCUGGAUCAUGGACUAUGGACUUAUUGCCAAACCUUUAUACGAGGCACAGAAGAAUAAGACCUUGGUGUGGGAAAGACCACAACAAGAAGCUUUUCAAAAAUUGAAACAGGCCUUAAUGCAAGCGCCUGCUUUGGGCCUACCUGAUCUGAGUAAAGACUUUCAGUUAUUUGUACAUGAAUGACAGAGACUUGCUCUAGGGGUAUUAACCCAACGGCUGGGAUCUUGGAAAAGGCCCGUCAGUUAUUUCUCUAAACAACUUGACCCGGUAAGUGCUGGAUGGCCGGCGUGCUUGCGGGCGGUGGCUGCUACCGUGAUAUUAAUUCAGGAAGUCCGGAAACUGACUAUGGGGAAAAGGAUCGAAGUGUUUGUAUCCCAUAUGGUGACUACUGUAUUGGAACAAAAGGGGGGCCAUUGGCUUUCCCCAAGUAGGAUGAUGAAAUAUCAGGCAAUUUUAACAGAGCAGGAUGAUGUUACCCUAAAAACAACUAACCUAAUGAAUCCAGCUGUGUUUUUAAGCACAGAGACUGAAGAAGAAAAUCUGGAACAUGAUUGUGUGGAGGUCAUUGAAUAUACCCACGCAAGUCGACCUGACCUGAAAGAUACCCCAUUGGAGAAGACGGAUUGGGAGCUUUUUACUGACGGCAGUAGUUUUGUGGAAAGCGGAGUGCGGUAUGCAGGAUAUGCGAUUACUACUGCCAAAACAGUAAUUGAAGCUAAAUCCCUACCACCAAACACAUCAGCACAGAAAGCUGAGUUGAUAGCCCUAACUAGGGCAUUAGAGCUCAGUGAGGACAAAAGGGUCAAUAUUUGGACCGACUCAAAAUAUGCAUUCGGGGUUGUUCAUGUACAUGGAGCUCUUUGGAAAGAGCGUGGACUACUCUCCUCCCAAGGAACAAACAUCAAGUACCAAAAAGAAAUAUUGAACUUGAUUAAUGCCGUUCAAAAGCCAUCACUAGUUGCCAUCAUGCACUGUAAAGCUCAUCAGAGUGGGACAUCGACAAUUAUUGAAGGAAACCGACUUGCUGAUCAAACAGCCCGAUCAGUGGCACGACGAGUCUGGAUGAUGGUGGGUCUUGUCUCCCAAAAGGUAAGAGCAAUUGAUUUAUUACCUACACCUUCAGAGGCACCUGAAUAUUCUACAGAAGAUGAGAAACUGGCAAGACUAGUAAAAGCCGUCAAGGGUAAUUCUGGAUGGUAUGUAACCACCAACGGACAAAUUGUGGUCCCAAUCACAAUUAUGAGAGGGAUACUUCAAGCGGAGCACCAGAAGUGUCAUUGGGGUGCAGAAGCAUUGGUAACUUAUCUAAGAAAACAAAUUAUCUCGGUCCAGAUGUUAACAAUGGCAAAAUCUAUCACAGCUAAGUGUGAAAUUUGCUUGAGAAAUAAUCCUUUAGUUAAAAGGAAAGUAGAUAUGGGAAAAAUUAGGACAGGUGUACAACCAGGGGAUUGUUGGCAAAUAGAUUAUGUGGAACUCCCCAAAACUCGAGGAUUCAGAUAUCUGCUAGUUGGGGUAUGCACCUUUUCAGGAUGGCCAGAAGCCUUCCCUUGUCGCACCAACCAGGCACAAGAAACUGUAAAAUGGUUACUGAAGGAAAUAAUUCCUAGAUUUGGAGUACCAUUGGGAAUAUCAUCUGAUAGGGGACCGCAUUUUGUUGCUCAAGUGGUAAAGGAAGUCAGUAGAUGUUUGGGAAUUAAAUGGGAAUUACACACCCUGUGGAGACCCCAGUCUAGUGGCCAGGCGGAGAAAAUGAAUCAGACGUUAAAACGACAACUUAGCAAAAUUUGCCAAGAAGUAAAAUUUAAUGGCCCCAGGCCUUACCAAUAGCGUUAUUGCGAAUUAGGAUUAAACCUAGGAGUGGAAUGUCGGUAAGCCCAUACGAAAUUCUGUAUGGCAAACCAUAUGAAGCACCUGAUCCGAAUCCAAGUGUACAUGUAAAAGGUAAUCGGGAUGUGUACAAUUAUGUGUUGUCUCUCGGCAGGACAUUGAAUCGACUCAGAUCCGUAUUAGUGUGGAAUCGCCCACUAGCACUUGAGAAUCCGGUACAUGAUAUAGAACCUGGAGACAUGGUGUAUAUAAAGACUUGGAGAGAAGAUCCUUUAAAAGAACGUUGGGACGGACCUUAUCAAGUACUUUUAACUACAUUUACCGCAAUUAAGGUUGCUGAAAUAGACUCCUGGAUACAUUACACCUGAGUGAAGAAAGUCCCAAAACUGUGGCAAUCACGAUUAGUGGGUCCAACCACACUUAAAAUCACAACGCAGGAUGUCUAACUUUUGUUACCGUUUUGUUUUUAUAGUAGUUUAUGUACCCAGACUGUAUGCCACACUGAUUUGCAAAGUCACUGGAGAACAAUUAUGUAAAACACGAAGGGCUAUAGGAGAUAGUGACGAUACUCAAAUGCCACAAGUAGUACAGAGUGUACAGAAUCAGGCAGAGAAUCUGAUGAUAGGACUAAUUCGAGAUUUUGCACAAACCCAAAAUGUCAGUAGCAUCACUGCUUGUAUUCCCAUCCCGAAAUCAGCUGAAGAUCCGGUACAGUGGGGAAUAAUAUCUACGACCUUACCAGAAGUAAAUAAGACUGGUAAGAUAGUGUGUGAGUCCCAUACUAAAAUAGAGCAAGUACCAAUUGAACAACGGACAAAAGAGCUUGUUAAGAAUGCCAUGAUAAAAAGAGGUGACUGCUUAAAGUUACCAGGAGCAGAAUUUGUAAAGAUAUGACGAUUUCAUAAUAUUGGGUAUUGCACGUAUGAAAAGUGGACCACCAAAACAGUGUAUGAAAAGGUUGAGCGAGCCUAUUGGGAAUGUAAAGAUCAGGAUAAUCAGAACAUAACUGAAUCAUGGUAUAACAUGUGGACGUUGAGUAUAGUACAGCAAUAUCAAUAUAGCGAAGCAUUUCCAUGGUGUAUACGAUGGACCAAUGUAACAAGAGGAGUAACAGUACCGUGGUGGAAUUGCUCUCAAGUAAUGACCUGCCAGACAGAUGUGAAAGAAAUACCAUUGUCCAUCAUUAAAGUUGCAGUAAUCAUUUGUCAGAAACAAUUGGAUCCAAAGGAAGCAAUCAAAAUAGGCAUUGAUGGAGAUAAGAUAGAUUGUAGAGGAACUAUAGGUAGUGUGGGACAUUUGGUUUGGGCCUUAAGUGAUGGAACCUGGACAGCACAUUUACCGAUAGCAGGACCUGUAAGGGAGGUUACUUUGGGGUUACCAACCCUAUGUCCCAUUUGGAAAACGUCACCCUUGAAGAAUAGGCAAGAACUCCUACAAGUUAGGCACAAACGAGAGAUAGAUGAAGAUGAUGUGUGGCACGAGCCAUCGGGUAGUGUUAAAUUCGGCUGGGCAUUAGAAUCUUUCUUUGCACCAAUCGCAGCCUAUAGAAACAGAGAAAUGAUUGACAGAUUAAUUGGACAGAUGGAUCGAUUGGCAAGGGUAACCAAAAAGGGUUUUUAAGAAUUCAGUAUACAAUUGCAAGCUACGACCAAAAUGACUUUGCAGAACAGAAUGGCACUUGACAUAAUGUUGCUAAAAGAAAAUGGGGUUUGUGAAUAUUUAAAAGAUAGGGUUGAUCAUUGCUGCAUUCAUAUCCCAAACGUAACCUCUGAAGUGGAAAAGGAUAUUUCCCAAUUAACCCAAACAGAAGAAGAACUGCAAGCGGAAAAACAAGAUGUAGAGCAGAGCUGGGUUGGGGCCUUGCUAGGCAAAUUGAACCUGAACCUCCAGCUUAUAAGGAAAAUAUAAUGUAGUGAAAAUGCAUUGUCUAGGAAUAGAAAAGCAUUUUCAAAGGGGGGAAAUGUUAUAGUUGAAUUGAAUUUUGUGGGCUGUGUUUUGAUUCUGUAGACCGUAUCCAAGAUUCUUAGCUUUGAUACUGUAUCCAGGUUCAGAGUGUGCAUUCAAGCAUGAUUUCAUAUAAUCAUACCCCAUUCUUAAAAUUGACAUAGAUUUAUGACAUAUUCUUUAGAACAGGUAACUUAGAAAUAACUGAUAAACAUGCGAAUGUUACUUAGCAUUGCUUAGAUAGAUAAUUUGUGUUAGAAUAGGUGUGGGAUAUGCUAAUGGUUGUCAAGAAUUGUAAUGCAUAUGUAUGUGAUCAAAUUGUAUAAAUAUGAUGUAGUCUGAAUCAGUGGCUGAAGCCAGCUUUGGGUGCGAACCCCUGGUUUCCCAGCGCUGAAAUAAAGCACCGCAUAUA